GCGAUACCUACGCACUGUGGAGUAUAACACUUAGCAGUCAUCAAGUGGGGCGACAAUGUAGGCAAUUUGAGACAUAUAUGAGCUGACGACCAAGAUUAGUGGGUACUUAAAUCCACGGAGCCGCUACUCAUCCGCACCUGCAUCCGCACCAUCACGAUACGCAAUGAGCAGCCAUGCGAACCACGUCUGUCUACGCUGUAGGACGCAGAAGCGUAAAUGCGACAAGCUGCUUCCAGUGUGCUCUUUAUGCAAAAGACUCAACCGUGUCUGCUGCUAUACGGAACCAAACCGAAUAGUUGGAUCCGGCGACUCUCCCGAGGCUGUGUCCUCGAUUUCGCUACCAGUACCUGAUCUCGCCCAGCUUACAUCGGCCAACAUAUCUCACACUAUCAGGACGCAAGUCUUCACCACCAUUGGGGAUGAAAGUAGGAUCCGAGCGGUGGCCGCGAUAUACUUUCGGACAAUCCAUCCUUGGUUUCCCAUACUAGCUGAAGCACCAUUUUACGAGUGUCUAUCCCACAUCUUUACUCAUUCGAGCCCGGAUCUCAGCUUGCUCACGCUUUGUAUGGUUCUUUUGGGUGCCAACCCAGUCAAGGAUGAGAUAACACCCCGGAUGCGCUCCCUAUACAUAUUAGUGAAGGGGUACAUUGCAUCAUUAGAAGCGAUUGACGUCAAUUCAUUGGAGCUGCUGCAGUGUAGGCUACUACUCACUAUAUUCGAAGUGGGCCACGGCUUGUACCCUGCAGCAUAUAUCUCCAUAGGUGCAAAUGUUCGGGCAGCAGUGGCUCUCGGGGCGAAUGAAGCAUCGAAAGCCGAGCUAGAAAAAACGUUCAAGUCCUCAGAGAAAGCGGAUGAGGCUCGAUGUACAUGGCGUGGCAUUGUCAUAACAGAUAGAUAUGUCUCCUUAGAGAGUAACAAAGGACCUAUUAUCCCGAAAGCUCUACUGUCGGGAGCCGUCGGCGGAAACGACGACUCUGACUCGUUCGACCUGGCUUUAACACCGUCGAAACCUCUGUACCACUUCAAUAAACUAGCUCAAGCGUCACGUAUACUGGAACAAGUGCUCACCCACGUCCACGACCCAGUUCAACAUUUGGAAUUCUUCAAUGAUGAAGCUAUACAAAUUCUAAAGACACUCAGCUCGUUCAGAGGAACUGUCCAAGAUGAGGACACUGUCCCACAUAGUCUGUGCUACAGUGCAGUUGCCAUACCCCGCAGCGCCUUGAUGACUGUCCUAGAGUUUGGCUGCAGCUUUAAGGCUUCCGGCAUGGACUCCUGUGUUGUUGGGUCGUACAGACUUAUGCACGACGUAAUUGAGGAACUUGUUAAUGCGUCCGAGAGCUUCGCUGCACAAAUCACACCGGCUGACUUGGAGACGCUGCCCGUAUUUGUAGUGCAUUCUAUCUACAAGGCAGCUCGGAUAUUGCUGGGUGUGCUAAGGGAUAGCCCGAGGUUUGAUUCCAGGAGAGCAGUAGGUGCUUUAGAAAGAGUGCUCCAAUGCAUGAGCACGCGAUGGAUGGCUGGGAAACGUUAUCUUGAAGAUCUGAAGAGACAGACGACCGCGAGCUAAAGUUUCAAACAUGCCUACUCGGGAAGACGACCUCGCUCCCUCAUAUCGCUUAUCCAAUCACCUUUUACUUCGUUGUAGAACCCCUCGUCAAGCAGGACCUCAAGCCCUAUCAGAGCAUUGGCCUUUCCGGCUCUAAGUGACUCUGUAUGUGCGAAGUCUGUACCUGCUGCCUUCUGGAAGGCAGGAGUAUGAGGCAUAUCCGUAGCGUUGAUGCUGAACAAUGUCUGAAUACCUGGUUGAAUAUAAGAACAGUUUCCGAAAUCGCUAGAGAUUUGCAUCGUUAGUCCUUUUUGCGACGAGCGAGUUGUGUUCCGCCUUGCAACAUACGAGCUACCAUU